AUGACCCAACAUACUGCUCCUCCUGAAACUCCACCCAAUUAUAGUACUGCUACUCCACCUAACCAUAGUACUGCUCCUCCUGAAACUCCACCCAAUCAUAGUACUGCUCCUCCUGAAACUCCACCUAACCAUAGUACUGCUCCUCCUGAAACUCCACCUAACCAUAAUACUGCUCCUCCUGAAACUCCACCUAACCAUAGUACUGCUCCUCCUGAAACUCCACCUAACCAUAAUACUGCUCCUCCUGAAACUCCACCUAACCAUAGUACUGCUCCUCCUGAAACUCCACCUAACCAUAGUACUGCUCCUCCUGAAACUCCACCCAAUCACAGUACUGCUCCUCCUGAAACUCCAUCCAAUCAUAGUACUGCUCCUCCUGAAACUCCACCCAAUCAGUACUGCUCCCCCUGA